UUUAGCACUGCGAGCAAUGCGAAGAGAAUGAUUUAUUUUAAUAGGAACAUUUUUGUUUAAACAAAACAAUAUAGCUAUGGGCGGUAAGAACAAACAGCGAACAAAAGGAAAUGUUCGGCCGUCCAGCAGCGGUCGAGCUGCAGAGGUUCUGACCCGGGAAGGUGGUGUCAUCCCAGGUUUCGUGGGCUUCGACACUACAAUUACAUCUGAACUGAGUUACGUUCCAGCUGUCCACGGAGCGGAGGAAAUAGACAACCUGGUGGAUGCUGAUUUCCGCUUGGUGCUCAGGAAGCUCUCAAAGAGGGAUGUUGUCACUAGACUGAAAGCUGUGCAAGAUUUUGGGUCUAUGUGUCAGGAACGGGAUGCUGAAGAGGUGAAAGGAGUCCUGCCCUACUGGCCAAGGAUUUACUGCAAAAUAUCUGUGGAUCAUGAUCGGCGAAUCAGAGAGGCUACGCAGCUGGCCUUUGAGCAGCUGGUGCUAAAAGUGCGUCGCAGCUUGGCCCCCUUUCUGAAGAGCUUGAUGGGCCACUGGAUUCUGUCCCAAUGUGACCCUUAUACACCUGCAGCCUCCGCUGCAUCCCAGGCCUUUCAAGCUGCCUUCUCACCCACCAAACAGCCUGAGGCUCUCAGCUUUUGCAAAGAUGAGAUCCUUAACGUGCUUCAAGAUAUAUUGUUAAAAGAAACAGCAGACACGCUUAGUGAUCCACAAAGUGUGACAGAGGAAGAACGAGAAGCCAAAUAUGUGCGCAUGUUGACCAGUUCCCUGUUAGGGGUGAAGAGGCUGCUUUCCCUGCUGCUUCCAAGUGACAGAGAGGCCUUGGAGCCAGGACUGACACAUCUGGUCAAGUCUGGGAAGUUCUGGAAGUACAGCAAACACAAGACACCACAGGUAAGAGGGGCCUUUUUCGAGAUGCUGUGCGCUCUGUGUGAGUUCACGCCUGCUCUGGUCCAAGCUGAAGCAGCACGACUCUGCCCCGCUGUUCUCCUCAGUAUCGACGACACAGAUCCRGUUGUUCUGCCCCCCGUUUGGGAAGCUGUUCUUCACAUUGUGUCUACAAUCCCUGAUUGCUGGACACACGUAAAUGCCAAAAAAGGCUUCCUUCCUAAACUUUGGGUGUUAUUAAAAGAGGGAGGUAAAGGCAUGGCUAAAGCGCUCCACCCAAAUCUAAUGCCGCUUCUUAGCAAACUGCCCCAGGAAGUCACUGAUCCGAGCCUGGAUUUCUACACCACUUUCUUCACUGCAUUCAUGCAGGGUUUGUCCAGUGAGCGUGCUGCGACAAGUCCAUCAGAAAGUGCAGUGAUAGUGACCUCUCUUGUCGAGUGCUUGAGGUUCUGCAUACUUCAAAAUACAGAAGAAGAACAUUCACAGGAAAAAAUCAGGGUCAUGCUCGUGUCACAGCAGCUUCUGCCUUUAUUAGAAAAGGCUYUCAGAAACCAGUCCCUUCAGAAUGGGCCUCUUUUCCUUUUGGUCACCGAAAUGCUCAUUUCCUGGGAGAAAAGGGCAGGUUUACAGAGUGACGGCGAGGAAGAUUCCAAGAAGGAAGUCUUUCAAAAACUCGUGGCCGACUUCUGGGAGGGCGUUUGUCAUUUGUGUGUGCGUUUCGUUGACAACGAGGAAGCAGAUCCACAGGCUUUGGAGGGUGUAGCCAUUUUGCUGCAGGUGAUGCGUUAUCCUGAGAGGGUAAGCAAAAAACACCUCCAGAAGAAGAAAUCUGUCAGGGUUUGUUUGUCUAAGCAAGAAGAGGAGGAAAAAACCGGCGUUCAGGGGGAUGGUGCCGAAAAGUUUGCGCAGACGGCGUCAGAGCUUGUGAAUGAAAAAGCUUUCGGGUCCCUACAGACUCAACAUUUUGAAGAGGCUGUGUGCCAGCUGGCACAGCUGUGCCUGGUGCAUGUGAAUGAGAAAAACUCAGAGAAACAUCUUGUUUUCCUCUCACUUCUCCUGCAGUCCUUCCACACACACAGGGUCUUCAGUGCUUUAAUUGAGUUUGAGGAGAAAAUACCAGACGGUGAUAAAUGGAGGGAUGAGAGGAAUCCAGCAGUGCAGUUCCUGCUGAAGCGAGUGGUUGUGUGGCUGGCUGAGGUGGCACGCAGCAACACCGAGCACCUGGUGGAGAUGGUUUUUAGUUCACUGUCCUGCUGCAACCAGGAGGAGACCACGCAAAUCCUCAACCACAUCACCACGAUGGGUUUGCCAUGGGGAAUUAUCCUGCAAAUUAUCCAGAGGGCGUGUAAAGAUGCCGAGACUCGUGCGAGCUGCACUGAUUGGCUGAAAGGCGCAGUUCUGGGGGAGCAGCUCUUGGGACUGACAGAGGAGCUCUGCAAGGUGGGGAGCAGUUCUCACGCUUCCACYUCCUCUACAAGCAGCCACAGCUGGACACUUAUCAGCCUCGUCCUCUCUCAGAACCACAACAACGAGUCUUUGAUCGGGGAGGUAUACAUGGAGAAGAUAUUAGAGAAGCUUCACACCACUCUGUCCGAGACCAAGAGCUUGUCCGACGCGGGCAACAUGGAGCCCCUCAUCUCCUUCAUAUGCGACGUCGCUUCWUCGUUCUUCUCCUCUGUGCAAGACUGUCUUCUGCUGCUCUCAGCUGAGGAGCUGCUGCUCACCGUUUUCCAGCUCACUGCCCAAGAUCAAAGACAAACUCACCUAUCUAAAUCACUGUUGGAUAAGCUGAAGAAGGUGUGUGUUGCUGGGGUCCAAUCUCUGAUGCAACAUUGCGAAUGCGAGGUGACAGAGGGGGGUUUCCUGCACAGUGCAGCAGUUUGGGUGGCGAAGCAAGUACUGACAGUUUAUCUGGAUAUUAAAAGUUUGCAGGUUUUAGUUACGGCUGUGCAAAGCUUAGUGGAAACAAUCGCCUCUGCAGGAGAUCAGGCCUCCCCCAUCCUGAACCACUUCUUUAAUCUUUUGACACCCAGCCAGACGGAAUGGACACAAAUCAGACAGGCCCUGCCUUCUCAGUGGAUCAAAGCUCCUUUACUGGCUAACCGUCACAGGGGAGUUUAUGAAAAUCCCACUCAGGAUGCUUGGAAGUUUAGAGAGUCAACCAGGCUGCCAGCCCACCUUUGUGUUUGUGCCUUGUUGGGAAUGGUGGUCCAGACUGCUUCACAGGAUCAAAAGGAGACACAGUGUCCUUCACCUCUACCAAACCUUACAAACACAGUUUCAGAGCUGCUAUAUGCUCUGCAGUGGUGUAAGGAGUUUAAGUACAGCCCCACAGUGGUGUCUGCAUAUUACAACCUGUUGGUUGAAUGGGGCCUGUCUGAUGGACACCAUAGUCAGGUUCCAAUGAAAUCCCUCCUGGAGACCCUGUACUCGAGGUCUGUAAUGGAUGGAGGUCUGUGGUCUCUGACUCUGGAAAACUACAUCAACACAAACAGCUUGGCAAUCACUCACAGUGCAGCUCUGAGGAGACUUUAUGGCAGUUCUGACAGUUUGUUCCCAGUGACUCAAAGCAAGCUGAGCACGGUCCAGGUGCUCUGCCCAGUAAUGACAAAGGAAGACAGGGAAAUGCUCGUCGACUUGGCUACUGCUGGUUUAAUCAACUGGCAAGAGAAUGAAGAUGUAUAUGGGUGUCUGGCAGUGCUACUGUGCUGUUUAAAUGCCAACACAGAAGUGGAGAAUGAGGUUGUGCAGGCUAUCCUGGCAACUGUGAUGGAAUGGAGGAACAGCAGGGAGGAUUGGUUUCUCUUUAGCUGUGAUCUAGCUGGAGCUACAUCUGAACAGCUGAACCUUAAUGUGGAAAUGAUGCGAUUCUCGUCUUGGCUGGUGACUSAUUGUCCAUCAGUUCUUGGAGGAAACCAGUGGGACUUCUUGCUCUGCUCCAUGUUGGCCUGGCUGGAGACUGCCAGUGAGAGUGUGAGCAGUUUGUGGAACCCCUGGGUGCAGCUGUUUGUGUGUGAGAACUCGACACUGAUCGUAAAACUGAACCAAUUCUUCACGUCGUCGUCGUCUGAUGUGCUGGAGAAGUUGCCAUCGGAACUGGCCAGUGAAUGGAGAGAUUUCUUUGUAGAGGGCAUCUACAACCUGCUGUUACCUCUGCCUGUAAAAAUUACUGAGGCCUUCCUUGAACCAGARGACCCCGUGUUCCCCCUGUCUGUGCUGCAGUCAGUCGGUUUGGCUCUGACAUAUGUACCGGUGCAGCAACUGACCCAAAACUCUUUGCCGCCACGGUUCAUAGCAGACCAAAAGACAAACCUGCCAGAGCCUCUGCAGACGCUUCUCAACACGCUGUGCCCUCUGCUGCUGUUCAAGGCCAGGCCUCUGCAGAUAACUAUGCACCACAUGUUGGAAAAGACGAUGCCUCAACUGCCUGAGUGUGAUGGAGACGGAGACAACAAGUCUGAUGAUGACAAAGAUGAGCCGUGUCUUUCUCCUCCAGCUUCGCUCAUGGCCAUCCUGUCGACCUGCGAGGAGCUGUGUGAAAAUAUCCUGGCUGGAGUCCAAGUGGGAGAGUUUGCAGUGGUCCAGCCACUCAGUGUGGAGUACUCGUGCAUUCUGGGAUACCUGCUGGCAUGGAAGCUGCUCCUCACAUUUUUCAAAUCAUCCCCUUCUCAUCUGCGUGCCCAUUACGCUCAGUAUCUUAAGAGAAGCGGCUCUCUGAACAAGCUGCUCCUCCAUCUCUUUAAACUGAUGCCCGAGAACCCGGUUUACCCGGGACAGGAGUCGGAGACAAAAGAGACCAAAACUUUCUUUACAGAAACCCUGAUCCUGACAGUCGAGGAGAAUAACAGUGUUAAAUGGGAGCUCCCUCACCUGGCGUGCAGCGUAUACUACAGCACUGUGCAGGACCUACCUGCCAUGGUGCGGRUGUGGUGGAACAGCCAGGAGAAGAGAGUGAGCUCCGCUGUGGAGAAGUUCACCAGUAAAUACGUCAGUCCUGUCCUCUCAGCCCAGGAGAURUCCUCCGUCCACAGCAGCACUCAGAUGUUUGACAGCAUGACUGUGAAGGCUCGCUCAGCAGCACGAGAGGUGAUUGCCACCUACUCUGUGGAUGACAUCUACAUUGAGUUGGUGAUUCAGCUGCCCCAGAAUUACCCUCUGGGCUCCAUCUCUGUGGAGAGUGGGCGGCGAGUGGGCGUAGCCGUACAGCAGUGGAGGAACUGGAUGCUGCAGCUGAGCACCUACCUGACACAUCAGAACGGCAGUAUAAUGGAGGGUUUGGCUCUGUGGAAGAACAACGUUGAUAAGCGAUUCGAAGGAAUAGAGGACUGUAUGAUCUGCUUCUCMGUUAUUCACGGCUCCAACUAUUCUCUGCCGAAAAAGGCUUGUCGCACCUGCAAGAAGAAGUUCCACUCAGCCUGUUUGUACAAGUGGUUCACUUCCAGCAACAAGUCCACCUGUCCACUCUGCAGAGAAACGUUCUUUUAAUAGGUGAUGCGUCAGCCUCGGCUGAAAGAAGACGGCUCCUAAAAUAAACCCGGACUGAAUCUGUUAUGAUUACACAAGAAAGAUGAUCAAGAAACUCUUCAAGACUCCAGUAUAAUUUGUUUGAUCACUGAAUUGAAAGACACAUUUGCUUCAAAAGCCUUGUGAAAAACUGAAGUACAGAAAAGCAUAGCUCUUGUUAUAUUUUUGCAGCUUUUCUGCCUCUUCUCAGAUGUGUGGGUUGGUUGUGAAAAUCCCAAUGGUUUGUACAUAUAGCAGUGCUUUACUGGAUUGGAUAUACCCAGUUAUCAGCAGCCCCUGCUGGUUUUUAUCUUUCUUUUCAUAGACCUAAUUCUCCUCUUUUUUAUGGUCUUUUGGGACCUAUAUGUAUUCAGAAAAAGCUGAUUUGACAAGUUGGGUAAUUAAAGCUGUUCUUCCGCUUCAGUUCCAGAAAAACUAUGUUUGAAAUGGUAAAAUUUACAAAAACAUAAAACAAAAACUAAUGUUUGAAUUAUUGUAAUUCCUACAACUGCUUACAUAAAUUAUUCCUAAUAUUUAGGAGUGUAAAGGGAUUUGAUUUCUUUCCUGAUUUGUGACACAAAUUACUCUUAUCAGUAGAUAAUUAUUUUUUUAAUAUGAAAUUUCAAAAUCUCAAAAAUAUCUGCCUGUUUCAACCUGUGCCUGACUACAGCUGUAAAUCAUGUUGGAAAAUCAAUAAAAUACAACUCAAUGAA